CAACGAGUUGUGAGAGCGCGAUACAUUAAAAUAGCGUUUUCUGACGCCGGGCUGCGCUGGGUGUAGUCCCGGCUGCAGGGGCCGUGACCUCAGCGGGGCGGGACGGCGCGCAGUUCGCUUCGCUUUCCCGGACUGGGAGGCCGGCAGGGCGGGGAAUGGGCUCCCCCCGGCACCGGGCGGCCCUGCGGCUGUACGACUGUCUGCUGCAAGUAUAUAAUGAAGGAAACAAAGGUAUCCCCAAAGACCCAUUUCCCUUUGAGGCUGAUGUCCAAGUACGUUUGGUUGAUGAGGGUUGCGGAAGUCCCUUAGAAAGUUUUUGGAAUGGAAACAGUAUGAUAUUCAUUAUGCAGAAAGUGGGACAUGUUGAAUUAACUGACCAAAUGGAAGAAUCACAAAUAGAUGAUGCCACUUAUAUUUCAGAGUUUGCACUACAGAAGGGUUCUGGACCAGUUGCUCUGUCUGUUACAAGAGCAAAGCAACUGAUUUCACUCUAUACAAUGACACAAAAUCCAAACAUGACCCAUUUGAAGAUAAGCAAACCAGUUGUGCUUCCUCCCCUGUGGGUAAGAUGUGACAGCUCUGACCCUGAGCAUACCUGUUGGCUAGGAGCUGAGCCUCUCAAAAAUGGGAACAAAAUCACAGGGAUCAGUUUUCAUACGGUUACAUGUAAUGGUCCUUCAGCUGAUAUAACCUGUUUUGCAAAUCUAGAAGACCUCAAAAAAGCACACAAAAUCAGACAUCGCGCAUCUAUUGUGGCAACCAAAGGCUUUGCUCAAUAUGAGCUCGUUCGAUCCACUACAUUGGAGGAUACAGUGGUUGAAUCAGAGAGUAAUAUAUAUAUUGAUAUUACAUGGAGUAUUGUGGAUAAGAUUCUACAGACACCUCCACUCACUGCAGCAGCAACAUUGAACAUUAGAUUGGAAUCUGGGGACCCCAGGAGUCCUGUGUUCCAGUUACAUAGAGAACUGCAGUUUCUGUUUGUUCUGGCUGAAGGCUUGAAGACUGGUGUGACUGAAUGGCCUGAGCCUUUGGUAGCUGAAUCAGCGGUUGAGCUCGUCCAGGAACUUCUGAAUGAUUUAAAGAAUAAACUGGAUGGAUUUAAUACAUCAGUACAUAAAAGUGAUGCAGAGAAAGUCCAAUGUGACUCUGCUGCAGUGGACAGUUCAAUAAAAUCACUUUUUAAUGAGCGAGGAGACCUGGAUUUUGCUGAACAAUUGUGGUGCAAAAUGAGAAAGAGUGUCACUUCCUAUCAAGACUUGGUAGAGUGUUUCACACUGAUUAUAAAAUCCGUAGAACAUGGUGAGAUACAGCCUUGGAUUCAUCAAGGGAGUAGCAGUUUACUAAGCAAGUUGAUUCAACAAUCUUAUCAUGGAGCUAUGGAGGCUAUUUCCCUCAGUGGUGUCACUCCAAUUCAAAUGCUUCUGGAGAUUGGUCUGGACAAAAUGAAGAAAGAUUAUGUCAGUUGUUUCAUAGGCCAAGAACUUGCAACAUUGACCUAUCUGGACUACUUCAUUUCCACAUCAGUAGAGCUACAGGAGCAGGUUCAUCGCAUUCAAAAACUUCAUCAUAUGCUGGAAAUAUUGGUCAGCUGCACAGUCUUUCUUCACUUUAAACAUGAGAACCUCUUCCCUUUGAUGCAGUCCUGCAUAAAAUAUUACAAAGAAAAUCCUCUGAAUGAGAAGCAUGUGUUUCAGCUACCAAUCAGACCAGCUGUUGUCAAUAAGUUCUAUCAAAAUGAUCAUGCACAAAUAUGGAGGGUGGAAAUAAAUAGUGGACAUGGUCAGAAGGAGGUUAAAACAGUAUGGCAGCUUAGCACUAGUCCUCCUGUUGAACAUAUGACUUCGAACAACCCAGGAGUAUUUUGUGAUACAACAGUUAAUGGAAACACCGAAGAAAGUAUGUAUUUUAUUACCAUGGCUAACUGCAGUCAGUGUUACGUAAAGGAGGCAUCUGUGGAAACCUUCAAAACAGUGUAAGAAUAAGAAUGGCAUUUUAUUGCGUAUGCAAAAUGAAGAUGUUAUGUAAACUUGUAGUUUUAGUUGCGCUUCCGAAGGAGGAACAUUAAUAGAAUGGCACUGAUAAGUAUGCAGAGUGUGAACACCGUUGGCACAACAAUCUCAGUCACCAUUUCCAUGUGAGUAGUCAAGGGAUCUGAAAUUUGAGAAAAGAAACAAUAAUAGAUAAGAUCUGUUCUAAUGGGAUAAUUUUAGUUAUUUCUUCAUUCUAUUUUUUAAGCAGAGAUGAACAGCUUUGAAUCUAUUUGAACAUAAUUUGUUUAAAGCUCAAAUAAAUUUUUUUACAUAUUGGCAUCUGCAUUAAACUGGUGUCAUUAGAAACAACAGAGAGAAAGAAAUUGUAAAAGCUAGAAUAAACAUUAACAUGUUGUUUUAUAUAUUUUGAAAAUCUGCAGCAAGUUUGUUAGGUUCUCUUCAUCUAGAUCUUUUGUGGUAAAUUCUGAAACAUGUCAGUGCUCAGAGGGUUACAAAAAAUUGUGCUUACCAUGAAUUAGUCUCAGUAUAUUAGCAGCAGUAUUCCGCUGUUCCUCUAAUUUUCAAGGAAAAGGGGAAAAAAGAAAAUAGUCAAAGAAAAAUCCUUGGAAAGCACUCUAACCCUUUGAGGACUGCAUUGUAUCUCUGCGGAAUUAAAAUUAAAUUGCUUCUUUAAACUUUUAUUUGGUGAUUGUAGUACAAAUUAUUUUGAUGCACAAAAUAAUUUGUACUACAAUCACCAAAUAAAAGUUUAAAGAAGCAAUUUAAUUUUAAUAUAAUAUGAUAGUAGCCCUCAAAGAGUUGAAUGAGAAACAUACUUCAGCUAUACUGCCAUGUUAACUCAUAGGGAUGGACCCCUCAUAUCUUAAUCCUACAAUAUGGGCCACACACAUGUACGAUAUUCAUCCCAUCUUCCUUAAUGGCUUCAGGUGUCCACUCCAACAGUGUUUCCCGCAGUUCAGGAACUGAUGACCCCUUCACAAGCCCCAGCAUGGGAGAUGGAGCAGGAGGCAGAAGGGAGGUGUUGGAGGCAGGCCACAGCACUGUGGAUAUUCCAGGAAGUGCUGUGGUUUGUAGGGCAGUCUGGAGAAGCUGCCUUAAUUUAGAUUCUGAGAGCCUGUCUAAUUUAUGCCAGGAGCUUCUCCAGUCCCCAGAGCAACAAAGCACAAAGGUGGUUUAAAGUCCCCUUAGCUCUCCCUCCCACUGGGCUGCGAAUUCUCACCCCUAGUUUUUAGGCUUAUCAUUCAUAGGCUACACAUUUGCCAUUUUCUUUUCCUGUUGCAUGAUUGCCCUGGAUUUGGUUUUUGUUUUUGUUUUUGCUUUAAUGUUUGAAAAAAGCAAACAAUCACUGAGAAAUACUAAUAUCUGCAGAAGUAAGUUUUUAACAGCUAUGGCUCCUCAGUGUUUUUACUAUAAUUCUUAAGAAAAGAAAAUUCAAAAAUAUUAAUAAACUGUAAUACAAUCCUGUUAGCUGCACUAUUUUGAACUACUAGUAGUAAAUUUAAGAGGUACUGUUUGAUUCUGAAGUUUGUCAUAAUUUUUAAAAAGAUUUGGUUUUCUAUUUUCAAGGAGAAAAUAUUUCAAGAACCCAAUUUUUAUGUACUAUCAGUCACAGAAAUGUUUUCCCUUUAAAUCCAUAUCAUAUAUAUUUACUGGAUGAGUAAAACAGAAUAAAUGUAUAGUAGUUACCUGCAGCAAGGAGUCGGUUUGUGAUAGAACAAGUCUCUAUGGCCUUUUGGUGCCAACUUUUCACCUAAUAAAUUCAAUAUUAUUUAUUAUUUGAUGUGAUACUAAUGGUUUCACUAAACUUUGAAUAUAUUCAGUCUUCUUAGCGCCAUUUUCUAUGCCUCUGAACUUCAGUGAUUUACAACUCUUUCCAGUACACUCUUAUUCUCACGCUAUAUGUUGAUUGUAUGACUUUUUAUGUUACUUUGUACAUGUUAUGAUGAAUACUAUUGUAAUACGUUUUCAUGUUGUUAAUUGUUUGGUACAAUACAAAAUAAACUGGAAAACCCACUCAAUAUUUUCCAUAUUAUUUUCCAGGGUUUUUCAUGUUUUAGAUAUCAUGCACAUGCAAUGUCUGGAAAGCACAAAAGGCAAUGUCUCUAAACAUAGUAAAUUAAUAAUGUGGGGAUUGUGAUUACAAAGUUUUAUUUAAGUAGUUAAUUUAUUUAUGUGUUCAAAAACAUUGAAAGUGUUAUAAAAGAACAAUAAGAGUAAGAUUAGAUUUCAUCAUUCUCUUCCCUCCCUCAUCCCCCUCCCACAAUUUGACAUAAUCCUAAAUUAAAUGAGUAGGUAUACUAUAGUAAUCUAAGGUCAAAUCCCACAUACUUUACUCAUGUGAGUUAUUUUUUUUUAUCAAACUCAAAGCAGA